UGCAGUGGCGAUCAAAUCAGUUUACCUUCUGUCCGUUAUGUGUUUGAGAGAGAGAGUGAGAGCGAAAAAGAGAGCGAGAGAGAGUGAGAGAGAGAGAGAGAGAGAGCAUGAGAGUGCGCGCGCGUGAGAGAGCAUGAGAGUGAGUGUCCUUGCGUCGGCUAUAAUACCAUUGACAUCUCCCUCGCUCUAAGCUCAGUUCGUUGACAAUUUGAGAAACAGCCAGGGAACCGAACCGAUACAGGUCAGCACUGCUGGGAGGCGACAGAGACAAAUGACGCUGGAGACAGGAUGAAUCCAGAGCAUUCCAACAGCGGAUCCACUGCAGAGAGAACCACUGUGAGUUCCUUGUUAAAGGUCUGGAAUUAUCCACUCUGCGGGGAGGAAAUGGCUGAGGGAAGGAAGAGAAGCGACUGAUUAUAACUCUAACCCACCGGACACGCUCAAAUGCUGUCGGACUCCUGAUUGUGCAACCAAGAAAAGGUACUAGAAAGUACCAAAGAAAAGAGAAGAAGAGAAAAGCAAACGAAAGCCAAGACACCAAUGUUGACAAAGUCUGGUUUGUUUUUGUCUUGGCUGGAAAGCCCCUCAACCUGCCCUGCGAGAACUCCAUUCACCGGUCUGCCGACCGCUCUGGGUAACACGUCUCCAGUGCUGCUCGCUCGGUCGUCAGGUAACACACAGAGAACUAUGUGAGCGCAAGAGCCGGCCUGUUUGGCAGUGACAUGGGGAGGGUGGCCUCUCGUCCACGUGUCGCUGCUGGACACACUUCACUUUGUUGACGCAUGGUUCUUGGGCGGAGAGGCAAGGAGACCCCCGACUUGCCACCUGAUGGAAGCAGCAGUGACACGGUUAAUAGCUCCACCUCGGGUUGGUUAGAGGGGGGGAAAGCAGCUGGGGGGCUGAGCAGAGGCUGCUCUUGCCUUUUGUCCCUGCUGCUCUCAUAGCUUGUUGUCUUCCUCCGCCCCCACUCACUCACACACUUCAUUCACAUCCUGCUUCGCCAACAUUCCUUUGAUUCCGCUCCAUUGAUCGUCAGUUUCUGUUAGUUCAGAUUGAGUCAAGUGGCACCCCUCCCACCCCGCUCUGCUAAAUCACCCCCUUGCUCUCCUCCAUCCAUCUCCCCGCUCUCUCUCUGUCUCUGAUCUCCCUUUCUCUCUCUCUGUGCUUGCCAUAUCUCUACCAUUGUGUAAACCUCCGAUUAUUCCAGUCUCUUGUCAUCAUAUCUUCUCAGUCGAUUGCCUCAUUAUUCAUUCUGCGAGGCCACUUUCCUGUGCACCUGUCUCGCUCUGCCGUCCCCUGACGUAAAAGAGAGAGGCAAGACUCCCCUCUCCUCCCCCUUACCCUCAUCCUAUUACUACCACCGGGAUUAAGAAUCCACUCUAUUCUGCAUCCGCAAUGUUCGCCUCCACCUCCUCCUCCGAGGAGCUGUGGAACUCCACCGGGGGUCCGUCGUGGGACAACCGCUCCCGUUGGAACUCUUCCCUGGGCAGGGAGGGAAGGGGGGGUGUCGGGGGCCAGGAGGAUGGGGAGCAGCACCCCUUCCUCACGGACGCCUGGCUGGUGCCCCUGUUCUUCUCCCUGAUCAUGCUGGUGGGCCUGGUGGGGAACUCUCUGGUCAUCUACGUCAUUUCCAAACACCGGCAGAUGAGGACCGCCACCAACUUCUACAUCGCAAACCUUGCUGCCACAGACAUCACCUUCCUGGUGUGCUGUGUGCCCUUCACUGCCACGCUCUACCCCCUCCCUGGUUGGAUCUUUGGCGACUUCAUGUGCAAAUUUGUCGCCUUUCUUCAGCAGGUGACGGUGCAGGCCACAUGCAUCACCCUGACAGCCAUGAGCGGCGACCGCUGCUACGUCACUGUGUACCCGCUCAAGUCGCUACGUCACCGCACGCCAAGGGUGGCCAUGAUCGUCAGUGUCUGCAUUUGGAUCGGUUCCUUCAUUCUUUCCAUUCCCAUCUUCCUGUACCAACACAUCGAGGAGGGCUACUGGUAUGGCCCCAGGCAGUACUGCGUAGACAGGUUCCCCAGCAAGACGCACGAGAGGGCCUACAUCCUCUACCAGUUCAUAGCCGCCUACCUGCUCCCCGUCCUCACCAUCUCCUUCUGCUACACGCUGAUGGUGAAGAGGGUAGGGCGGCCCACCGUGGAGCCAGUAGACAACAACUACCAGGUCAACCUGCUGUCGGAGAGAACCAUCAGCAUACGGAGCAAGGUGUCCAGGAUGGUGGUGGUGAUCGUCCUUCUGUUCACCGUGUGCUGGGGUCCCAUCCAGUUCUUUGUCCUCUUUCAGUCCUUCUAUCCCCAGUACCAGCCCAACUACGCCACCUACAAGAUCAAGACGUGGGCCAACUGCAUGUCCUACGCCAACUCCUCUGUCAACCCCAUCAUCUACGGCUUCAUGGGGGCCAGCUUUCAGAAGUCCUUCAGGAAGACCUUCCCCUUCCUCUUCAAGCACAGGAUCAGAGACAACAGCACGGUGUCCCGGACCGCCAACGCAGAGAUCAAAUUUGUGGCCGCGGAAGAAGGGAACAAUAACAAUGUCGUGAGCGGGAUUGAAUGAACGGAUUGCUGGAAACCGAUAAUUAUUGAGAACAUUAGUACUGCCUUCAUAUUCCGGUAUCCUUAAGGCCUCGGAGACUUACUAAUAGGAGGCUAACUUUGGUUAAAAGAGACUUUUGCGGCUUUUGAACCGCAUAUCCUGACCUCAUUCAUGGAUCUCGUUUUGUCUGCUCUGUGAACAUUAGACUGGUCUUAUUUGAUAGUGGAUGUUGGUCCUGACCACAACUGUAGUCCUACCGUAUGAAAAGUCAUGGUCUAAUGCUGGAUAAAAGAAUGUCAAGUGCUUUUCUGAUUGACAUUUCUCACACACAUUUGUAUUUGGUCUAUUGGCCAAAUACAGGACAAAGUGAAUCGACGAAGAAAAAGUGUAAUGGCACACACAUAUAGACUUUGGGAUCACAAAGGAUCACGGGCAACAGAAGCAGCCAUAGACGUCUGAUAAGGCAAAACAAACCGACAUUGUGUGCCCACAGGAAAUCCCUGCUAAUCCACCUAGAGCAGUGGCCAAUUAGACUCAUAUUUGAUAGGCAGCUUGAUGGACGUUUCAGAUUAAUUCCUGUGAUACUCACCGGGCUACAAUGAAUGUAAGACACACAGCUAUUACUAUAACUGCCUUCAGUGCACAAGCUUCCCAUUUGUAAUAUUUCUGCUGUGUGGAGACUGGGUAAUGAGUAGCACUGCUAUUUCUUCAUUGGAAAGGAAGAAACUCACACACAAAUAAAAAAGAAAAGUUGAAUUCUGUCUAAUUGUCAGUAUCAAUGUGUGUUUGAUGUCCUGAACUUAGCCACUACUGUUUGUUGGAGCUGUUUGUGAUGCCAGAUAGAGCUUCACAAUGAUUAUAUAGCAUUCCUGUUUUCUAGAGCUUCAACUCUAAUCUUUGAUUUUCAUCACAAUGUUUUUGUCCAUUCCCAAUUAUAAAUGGAAUGCAGUUGGUGUAUGACAGCAAGUUCAACUGUGUGUGUGUGUGUGUGUGUGUGUGUGCGUGUGUGUGUGUGUGUGUGUGUGUGUGUGUGUGUGUGUGUGUGUGUGUGUGUGUGUGUGUGUGUGUGUGUGUGUGUGUGUGUGUGUGUGUGUGUGUGUGUGUGUGUGUGUGUGUGUGUGUGUGUGUGUGUGUGUGAGUGUCGGGGGGCUGAUAUGGCUGAUAUGGGUGAUGGGUUGCAGUUUUCUUUGCUAUUCAGUUUGUCACCUUAUUUGUUAUUUCGGUCUUCGCUAUGUUGAACACAACACCGCAGUUCUUCUGACCAAUCAGUGUCCUAUGAGGAACAAGGUGAUAUGUGACAGGCUUUGAUAGACAGAUGGUUUAUCCAAUCACCUGCCAAUUAUUGUUUGAAAGGGCCUUCUCUUAGAUGGUUCUGUGUAACAAACCAUUCAUAUGGGGCUUCAGGUUAGAGGAACCCCCGGUAUAGAACCCAAGGACACUCAGAAUCCUCCAGACUAGGUGCAUCCACCCAGUACAGUUCUACUCUCUUUAAUUAGAACAUUUUGGUGUUCUUUAAUGAGAACGUUUUUCCUGCACAUUUUUCAAGUAUUUCCUAAAAAGAUAAAUUAUAAAAUAAUUGUCUGUUGAAACUGUAGACAAAAGCUUACAAACGAUGAAUGUUAAAUGACAUCCCUCAGGGUUUCCAAGCCCCAAGCUAACUGAAGGUUGUUAUUUCAUUUGAAUAAUUUUCAUCAAAAAAACAACACCUUGCUAUUAGACUUAGUCAUUUGGAUUGACUUGAAAUGUUUCUAAGUGCAUUCCGGACAUGAUCGUGAUGGGACUAUUGUGAAAAUGUGGCUAGCAUGUUAUUCUAGUUAUGUAUUUGUCUUUGUUACUUGACAUUUCUAGUUAAUAUGUAAAUGUGUGUGUUGAUAGCUGUCUCAUUCAUUGGGACUUAAAAUUAAAGCUUAAAAUACCUCUUUGUGACAAACCUUUUUUAUCAUAUACCUCCACAACGAAAGUGUGAUGCUAUGACGUGUAACGACAACAUGCAAAUAAAGUUUAUUCAUUUUCCCAUAUA